AAUCUCCAUCGGUUGUCUAAGCAACUCGUUUCGCUGGCAUCUCCGAAACCAUUGCUAUUUACGUAACUCGAUACACGCAGCCAGACUGCGCUUCUGUCCAUCCUAAACUCUGAAAAUUCGUAUCAAACGAAAUGUUAACUGUGUGUACUAAAGCGCUACGCACCGCGCGCUCGCUAGAACGUUCGGUGUCUAGCAUUGUCGAAUUACCAAAACUUGAAAAUUUCGGUGUGCAAAAUGAACCCAUUCUCGGUUACCGUGAAGGCAGUCAGGAGCGCGGGCAGCUCAAGGAAGAACUUGCACGCGCCGCAUCCAACACCGAGGAAGUGCCCAUCGUCAUAGGUAAUGAAGAAGUACGCGACGGCGAGCCACGCUACCAGGUCAUGCCUCACAACCAUGCCAAGAAAAUUGCCAAAUUUUACUAUGCCAGUGAGAAAACUAUCCAAAAAGCGAUACAGGUCUCUGUCGCAGCCCAGGAAAGGUGGGAUCGCACUACAUUAGAAGAGCGUGUGAGUAUUUGGCAAAAAGCUGCUGAACUUAUGGCAGGACCCUACCGACAAAGCCUCAAUGCUGCGACUAUGCUGGGUCAAUCUAAAUCAGUCAUACAAGCGGAGAUCGAUGCUGCUGCAGAACUUAUUGACUUUUUCCGAUUUAAUGUAUUUUUCCUGAAAGAAAAUGCAAAAUACCAACCCAUAUCAGAAAAUGCUAAAAUAACUAGAAAUUCCUUGAGAUUUCGUGGCAUCGAUGGAUUUAUCGCUGCAAUCAGCCCUUUCAAUUUCACAGCUAUUGGAGGUAAUUUGGCAUACACUCCUGCUCUUAUGGGGAAUGGUGUUGUAUGGAAACCAUCUGACACUGCUCUACUUUCAAAUUGGCGUAUUUUCAAUAUCAUGAGGGAGGCCGGUUUGCCCCCUGGAGUAGUUAACUUUGUGCCUGCCGACGGUCCCACUUUUGGAAAAGCAAUCACUGCUUCUCCUUAUCUUGCCGGUAUUAAUUUCACAGGAUCAGUUCCUACUUUUAAUUGGCUCUGGAAUGCUGUUGGACAAAAUCUUAGCAAAUACAGAAACUAUCCUCGACUAAUUGGUGAAUGUGGAGGGAAAAAUUACCACUUUGUACAUCCCUCUGCAGAUGUGCUCUCAGUAGUGACAGGCACAAUCCGCUCUGCCUUUGAAUACUGUGGGCAAAAAUGCUCUGCUUGUUCUAGAAUGUAUGUCCCAAAAUCUUUGUUUGAACAGAUAAAGAAUGGGUUGUUGUCAGAAUGUAAUAAGCUUAAGGUUGGUGACCCUGGCGACUUCAGUGUCUUCACUGGAGCUGUGAUAGAUGAUAAAGCUUUUGCUAGAAUCUCAGGUUAUAUCAAAGGAGCAGAAAGCAACCCUAAGAACAAGAUUUUGGCAGGUGGCAAAUGUGAUGACAGUAAAGGCUAUUUUGUAGAACCGACUAUUAUUCAAACUGAAGAUCCACUUGACAAAUUGAUGACUGAAGAGAUAUUUGGACCCGUGCUCACUGUUUAUGUGUAUGAUGAUGCUGAUGUACAUAAGACUUUAAAUAUGGUUGGCGAGUCAACAAAAUUUGCUUUGACCGGAGCAGUGUUUUCUCAAGAUAAAGAAUUUUUAAAAGUGGCACUGGAUGUACUGAAAACAACAGCAGGCAAUUUCUAUAUCAAUGAUAAAUCCACAGGGUCAGUGGUAGGUCAGCAGCCGUUCGGUGGAGGCCGCAUGUCAGGCACCAAUGACAAAGCAGGAGGACCCAACUAUGUAAUGAGGUGGACUUCACCACAGUCUAUCAAAGAAACAUUUGUUCCUCUAAGAGAUAUUGAUUACCCAUACAUGAGAGAUUAAUUUAUGUUAUGACAAAUAUGAGCAUGCUUGAAAACAUCACAAUAAAUAUAUCAGUACAAUAAUUAAUGUUAGUUAAUGUUUUAGGAUCACUGGUAGUGAUUUGAAAUAUUAAGAUGUUUGUGUAAUAUGCUCCAUUAAGUAGUCACCCUUAAUUGUAUUGUAGUCUUCAAUAUUAACUAUUAUAUUUAUUUCUUUUGUUAAACUAUUUAUAAGUUGUUAUUGACAAUCAUUAUUAAAAAUAUCUUUGCUACUGUAAGAGUCCAAUAUAAUAUUCAUAUUUUGAAAUAGUGAUGCUGUGUCUGCAAUAUACAUAAUUAUUUAUGAGCUUGUAGGGAUUUACUUAAUUUUAUGAAGAAUUGCCUAUAUAACUAGAUUUUACUUGUUCAGUUUUGAGAUUGUUCAUUUAAAAUAUCUGCUUAUCAAUUUUUCUAAUGAUUUAUAUUGAUGAAGAAGCAUGAAAUGUUACUUUCAUAUUUAGUUAUAUGUAGGUAUAUAUCUAUAAAUCAUUUACAUACCAUCACCAUGCCCAUCAAGUGAUAGUAUUGCUUGUUUUUAUCUUAGAUCUGCUUUGUUAACUAGAUUCAUGCAUCGCAAAUAAAUGGUAACUGCUGUCUUUAGUCACACUUCCAGAACCUAAAAAUACACAAAUUAUAUUUUUUUAUUUAUUUUGAUAUUUAUAUUAUUUAAUUGUUAAAUAAUAGACUCAGACCUGUGUCGUGACCGAGUGUCGACUUCUGUUUGUACCCAUUUAUCAGUGAAUACUCGGUUUAUCAGUGCUGCAGUGGUACUUAUCAACCACGUCUUUAUCUGUUUGUGUAUAUUAUUGUUGAGCUCUGACUUUAACUGCAUUUAAAAUUUUAUUAAUACCGUUUUAUCAUUUGUGGAUGUGGUGACAUAUUAAUAUAUAGUAUUAUAUAAUACAAAUUAUUUCGUUAAGGUGGUAUGUGUGACUGGCAUACAUAAUAAAAUUCCAAUAAAAUCUGUUCUUUAUUG